UGUAGGUUCUCACAGCCCUGGGGAAAGAGAUAUGAAACAAGCGGGUGGUUGUAUAGGACCACUGGUUGGUGAUGAUCCAGACCUCAGUAAUUUAACUUGUUCAUUUACAUUUGUGGACGAAGGUGAUAUCGUGUUCUUGACUAGUGAUGGGAUUUCUGACAAUUUUGAUCCGCAAGUGUUAAAGAUUACUUCUCCAGGUGAUUUAGAUCAUCUACUAACUCCUGUGAAGCCGUCAAAAUCACAAGAGUCGUUAUUGGAUCAAGGUGAUAAACAAGAGAAGGCAACUGACGCAGAUAUGGUUACAGCAGAAGUCGACAAGGAAACUACGGACGAUGAUAUGAGUUCAUCUUGCACAUUUAUGAAAAAGGUGAUCCAAUCAGAAAGUCCUUGUGGGGAGGAGAGUUCUGCGAAAGAACUUUGUGGUAAACUCAUGAACUUCGUUGUACAAAACACGCUAAAAAGAAGAACUUUCUUGGAACAAAAUCGAAAUUGCAAGAGAGAAGAAUUUGAUAAAAAGAAAAGAUCUAUUCCUGGUAAACUUGACCAUGCUACUGUUGUUGCGUAUGAAGUUGGUCACUUUCAACCUCAACCUUUUAAACUGACAUUUCACGAUAAACAACGUCCUCAGGAGAAAAAACAGUCGAGUGGUAAUCAAAGCCCGGAGAAAACUUCAAUGCCCACCUUAGAACAGAAUAACGAGUUUAUUUCGUUGCUUGGUAUUCUUAAGUGAAUAUAUACGAUUUUGUGCAUAAAUAUCUGCUUCGGGUCCUCAUAUAAGACAAGCUUUUUAUCCUUUAGACUUUGUCGUAAUACAGUUUGUUUUUCCAACAAACAAAUAUGUACGGUGUUUCGUAAGGAGAUAUUCGUCCUUGUGGUCACUGGUCUGUCACUCUGCAAUAGAGACAGCGACAAAGUAGACAGAAAUUCCGUUGCGUUCGUUGUCUAACACCUUGCGUACAUCGGGGUUUGCUGUUUAAACGGUUUUCUUUAACUUUGAAACGGUUUUUCUGUGAAACUGUAACCCGUUGUCGUUUUAACCAAACCAUGCACGCAGUUCAUUAUCUUAUUUCAUCGUACGCGAUUUUUAUGGCAGUCUCCGCAUCUGAGUGCUAAAAUUUAGCAGCUAAAUGCAUUCACUUUUCCAAACUAGUUUAUCAGUAUAGAAUACGAACAAAUUUUAUAGUGGAUGGAUAUUUAUUGUUUUUUGCUCUAAUAAGGC